CGACAUUUGUUAAGUUGGAACCACCGUUAGCGAGACAUGGUCGAACCAGACCAAAGAAGGUCGCAGGUGGCACUCCCAGUCGAUCCAUCUUCCUUAACCCUAAAGGCAACGUGGGUGGCACGAGGGGAGGGCCAUCCCCUGACCUUGUCGCAUUCGCCAGACACACCAACCUGAGGUCCUGUCUGUCGGUUGGGCGACACCAUGCACACCAGUGGGUGGGGCAACUGACUGCCAUAUAUAAAGGGGUGGCUGUCGCGAUUACCGGGUUUUCACCAUGCAGUUCAUGUUCGUAUACCUGGCUAUCGUGGCGUGGUUGGGUGCCGACGGCAGAACUCUUCAGAUAUCACCCACACCUCUGCUGACGAUAAUCGAUCCUUCGGCAGCGGCUACUUUGGAGGAAGAGACGACGGCCAACGCAUCUACAUCUCUUUCCAAUACGAGUUUGGCAGAUUUGCAAACCGAUAAUGUUACGCAACGGCUUCAACUCAGGUAUCGAGAAAGGAAAAAACAAGAAAGACUUUUUCUUAUUCAAGCACAGAUUCUUCAGAGACUGGGAAUUUCCAGGCAACCAAACAUAACAUCUCCAUACAUCUCGGAUGACGAAAGGAGCAGAAUGACGCAAUUAUUCGAAAAAAUGCAUCAGAUAAGAUCCCAUAUCAACGACAUCGAUCGACCUUUUCGUCUGUAUGCAGAAAGGAUGCAAAGUUUUUAUCCUUCUUGUACUUUGCCAAACAAUACCGAUCGAAACACGUGGGACAAUCAGAACUCCUUUCGCAUUUUCUACGACGUGUCUGUUCCUCGAGCUCUCAUUAACAACGAAGUCAACAUCAUGUUAGCAAAGUUACGACUUUAUAAAAUUAACAAUUUAGAAGUAAAUCCGGAAUGCGCCAACUGGGAACAAAACGUUUCCGCUUUACCUCGAUACAAUAUGCUGGACGUGCUGAUGCACAGCAGCACAACGUGCGGUUUAAGCGUAUCCAUUUACCAGUACACCAAACCGGUCAGGGCUAACAGAAGAGUAAAGAAGCGCUUCAUCGAUUCUCACACUGUUCCAGCUGAUUAUCGAGGUUGGGUGGAGUUUAACGUGAUAACGUCGCUCAGUCAAUGGUUAGAUAAUCCACAAAGAAAUUACGGUUUUGACGUCGAAGUAGAAGAUGCCUUCGGUAACAGAUUAAUUCCAAGUCAUUACUUCAGAAACGUUAAUUGCUCCGAUGACUAUGUGAUUCGAGAUCCUCCCUUUCCUAAUAUCAUGGAUAUUCAUCCGGAAAUGGCCGAAAACGAUUCCUCUUUGUUCGAUAACGAAACUUAUCCCACUUUAGACCUGCAAACAGCAGAACUGACCAGAGAAGAACCCGAACCUCAAACCGUAGAAAACAACGAUAGAAUAUUAAAGAAGAGAAGCGUUAAUCAUCGUACAUUGGGGUGUCGUCGAGUGACGCGUUACGUAUCCUUUCAAGAUUUAGGACUUAAUGAAAUUAUAAUAAAUCCCGAAGGUUUUAAUUUUUCUUACUGUUUGGGAAAUUGUAUAUCAAAACAUCAAGAAUCUUACAACAGUUAUUAUCUUCCAAAGAAUCGCUGCGUACCAGUCACUUACGAGCCUUUCGCCGUAACUGUAAUAAAUUCCAAAGGAGAAGCGAAAAAUUCCACAGUAGACAAUUUUCUAGUAUCCGAAUGUGGAUGUAGAAUCACAUAAAAUCGGCGGAUGCAAGAAAAAUUGUGUAAAUAUUAAGUAGAUGUAAAGCAUAAUUACGGAAAUUAUCGUGGAAAGACAUUUCAUUUUCAAUAUUAAUCUCACCCAAGUUAUCCAUAUAAGUUACAUAAAACCAUUCAAACAUUCGACCAUUCACAAAUUUGUACACAACACGAAGCUUUGUACUGUAUACCACAGUACGAAAUUCAUAGAUUGUUUAAGAUAAACAAUAUUAUUAAUUCUUCUGUGAAUGUUUACAGUGGGAAUUCAUAACUGUACAAAACACUUUUAUAAUACAUAUAAAUUAUAUUAAGUGUAAAACAUCGAUCGCAUACGAUUUCUAAUUACAUGUAUACUAUAAAAUUAUCGAAUGAUUAUUAAGAAAAAAUCAUAUGUAUAAUUUAUAAAGAAAAUCACUCGAUUUUAUAAAUUUUCGGAAAAGGUAAAACGCCUUUCGUUUAUCGUUAAUUUAGUUAUUCAGUGCAAUUUCUUUUAUUGUUAAUAUCUAAAAUGUUCAUUCGAAUUAUUAUCCAAAAUUAACAAUAAUUUAUCUGUUCGUAGAUUUCUGUUUGAAAUAAAAUAUAUUCAAAAAGAGUG